AUGACGCGUCUCCGCGCGCUGUCGCGGCUCGCACCCCGAGCGUGGCGCGCCGUCGAACCCGCGCCGCCGCCGUCGCAGCGCGCCGCGCGUCGUCACGACGCGCAGGCCGCGGCGACGAGAUCGUCCUCCGAGGCUUCCUCCUCCUCCUCCUCCGCGUCGUCGGACGUCCCGACGUCGCCGUCGACGCCUUCGCCUUCGCCUUCGCCGCCGGUGUCGCAGGGCAGCGCCGCCGCGGAGGCGCGAAUCAAGAGCGCGGCGAACCAGGCGGCGACGCCGGGGCCGUCGUCCAUCCCGAAUCGCCCGUGGACGGGCGCGGCGUCGCCGUCUCUUCAGGACGAGCGCGGGCGUCGCAGCGAGGUCGUCGUCGUGGACACCCUGGAGAUGCUCCGCGCGUGCGAGCGCGCGGGGUUCUCCGCGUCGCAGGCGGAGACGAUCGUGCGGACGACGUUAGACGCGGUGAAGCGCGCGACGGAGCCGCUCGCGUCCAAGGCGGACCUGGACAGGCACGUCCUGAGCCAGCGCGGGGACUUUCGUGAAUUUCAACAAGAUUUACAGGCGCGGCACCGAGAGGCGUCGAGCGCUUCGAAGCACCUCAGCGACGUGGUCAUGGCCGAGUGCGAGAAGCUCCGCGCGGAGCUGCGGUACACGCACGAGAAGGUGUCGUCGUCGCAGAAGCUGGACCUAAACCUCGAGCGCGGGCGCAUACGGGACGACUUGCAGCAGCAGGAUAACAAGACGGCGGCGAUGGAGUUGCGGCUGGACCGGGAGAUCUCAAACAUGCGCACGCACAUAGAGGCGGCGAAGAGCGACGUGAUCAAGUACAGCAUAGGCGCGGUGAUGUCCAUGGGGGCGUUAGGGAUGAGCCUCAUGCGGUUGCUCGGGUAG